GCAGUACGGUGCUCGCUGGACGCGGCUGUUUCGCGUUAGUGAUGAUCAAAACGAGUCGUCGUGGUCGUUGUUUACGACACUUCGCGGAGACGAAGGAACCGUGAUCCGUGAUCAAAGGCUCGAGGCAUCGAAGAGGCCGAGGACACGCGUCGUCGUUCGUUGCCGCGGCCACGGAUGCAUAUGGAGGUGUCCCCGAACCGGCGCUGUCUGAACCAGCUCAACAGCUGAUCGGAGCACGAAGCGGCGGUGAACGGGGCCACUAUUGCACCACCACCCCGCGAUUGGAAGUAAUUCAAUUCGAUAAUCGUCGCUGGUUAACGGCCAGACGUUCACCACACACCGGAGAAAACCAGCAGCAGCGUCUCGACGACACUUGAUAAGAAUAAUAUACGGGGAGAGGGAGAGCAGCGACAUCGUGAGGGUAGGAGGAGAAGAGCGAGGACGACGACGACGACGACGACUACGACAAAGAAGAAGAAGAAGAGGAAGAAGACGGACAUACACAUAUACACACUGGGGUGAGAGAGAGAGAAAGAGAGAGGUGGAUCUCUUUGCUUGCUCGGAUACGCCAUCAUGGUCAAAACUUUUCAAGCGUACCUGCCCUCGUGUCACCGCACUUACUCGUGCAUUCACUGCCGUGCUCACCUCGCCAACCACGACGAACUCAUCUCUAAGUCCUUCCAGGGCAGUCAAGGUCGUGCCUAUCUCUUUAAUUCAGUGGUGAACGUGGGCUGUGGUCCUGCGGAGGAGCGGGUUUUGCUUACCGGUCUUCAUGCUGUGGCUGAUAUUUACUGCGAAUGCUGCAAGACCACCCUUGGGUGGAAAUACGAGCAUGCGUUCGAGUCGAGCCAGAAGUAUAAGGAGGGCAAGUUUAUAAUCGAGCUUGCACACAUGAUCAAGGAGAAUGGAUGGGAGUAAAGUCGCGUAGGGGGAACAAGGACAGAAAAUAGUAUAAUACAUCCCUGAACCGUGCGCGCGACACACCUAUCCGUUGUGUGUCCCCGAUGAUGACCCUAAGAAGACGAUAUAUAAUACGCCUACAAUGUUGUUCUACUUGCAAUGUACGGCCCCCCCUACCCCCCUCUGUCAAACCACCAACGAAAGUCUGUGAUUUCAUUUGUGAUUCGUAAUCUUAGUAACUUUUUAUGUUUCGGACAAUUCGACGAAGACGACGACGCUGUUUUUCGUUCUUUCUGAUCGAUUCGUCGACAAGCGACGACAACAAUC